AUGCUGUGUUGUGUUCUUUGCAGGGAUGUCAGACAGAGAAUUCAACAAAGGAUUGCUCAGGCAUUUGGUAUCAGCUCUGCUUCCAUGUACCUGACUAAGCCGACGUUCUUCUCGAGAAUAAACAACACAGAAGCCAAGACAACACACGAUGAAUAUUGGCACCCCCAUGUUGACAAGGUGACUUACGGCUCUUUUGACUAUACUUCACUGCUCUAUCUCUCUGACUACACGGAAGACUUUGGCGGUGGACGGUUUAUCUUUAUGGAUGCAGGUUCCAACAAGACGAUAGAGCCCCGAGCAGGGCGGGUUUCCUUUUUCACCUCUGGAUCUGAGAACCUUCAUCGGGUGGAAAAGGUCCACUGGGGCACUCGCUAUGCCAUCACCAUCUCCUUCACUUGCAACCCAGACCACGGCAUUGGGGAUCCAGUUUUGAUGAGGACGAGAGGCUCCCGAGGAGUCGUGUUUGCGAAGGUCUGCACCGUGUCGCGCUUGCUGGCGCUGCUGCAGAGCCGUCGUUCAUCACGCACGGCAUCUCCUGACUGCGGGCCAGUUCUGCCCGUUAAACAGGCUCCUCUGCCCCAGCGACGUGCUUCGUGGGUGUCAUCAGAUUUACUGGUUCCGUUGGAGAGUAACCUUGUAUGGGUUUAUCAGAGCCUGACGGGAGAGAGGAGCAGCGCUGGGAUGGGCUGA